AUGUAUUCGGAUAACGGAACGACAUUCGCGGGCGCCGACAAGGAGUUGCGCGUCGCUUAUAAGGCCGCUCUGUCAAACGCUGAUUUUCAAAACCGUACAGCUUCCGACGGCAUCAGAUGGAGAUUCAUUCCUCCUCAUGCUCCGCACUUCGGCGGGCUAUGGGAGUCAGGGGUACGAAGCGUGAAACAUCACCUUCGACGAGUCCUCGGCUCACAUACACUCACGUUCGAAGAGUUUACAACGCUGCUUUCUCGCAUAGAAGCUUGCUUGAAUUCGAGACCCAUUGGACCCCUUACCGACACACUUGAUGACUUCGAACCGCUGACUCCGGGGCAUUUUUUAAUCGGCUCCGCGAUCACUACGCCACCCGAGCCAUCGCUUUUGCACAUCAAUGAUAGUCGACUCUCUCGAUGGCAAACGCUUCGGCAGCUCACAGAGAGAUUCUGGCAAUUAUGGCAAUCCGACUAUGUGAACGCGCUCCAGCAACGAAGUAAAUGGUGCCGCGAGACAAAGGAGAUCAAACCAGGGACAAUGGUUCUUCUCAGAAACCCGUUGCUCCCUCCGUGCAAAUGGGAACUCGGCAGAGUGAUGCAGUGUCACCCCGGCUCUGACGGUUUAGUACGCGUAGUCUCCGUAAAAACUGCGAGCUCCGAGUACAAGCGACCGAUAGUCAAGCUCUGUAUUCUGCCUCUCAGAGAAGACGCGCCGACGAACCGAGAGGACCUCUCCUCGCGUCAGUAG